UCCAUAUUUAUAUUUAUAGACAUUCGCAAAUAACCGUCCUAACACAGACAAAUUUGAGUCAAAAGUUUACCUCUCGCGAUAUGACCAACAUCCACAAAUAAUUCCCAGCACGGAGCAAAAGAAGAGAAAAAUGGCAGACGCCACUCUCUAAGCGAUCAUCGUCUCUUUGCUCUCUCUGAUCAUUCUCUACUCCUUCCUAACAAGAAAACCCAAGAACCUCCCGCCAGGCCCCUCCUUCUCUCCCCAUCAUCGGCCACCUCCAUCUCUUCAAAUUCCCCUUGUAUGGCCCGAUCACGUCCGUCUGGUUCGGAGUCUGCCACUUCGUAGUGGCGUCGUAUCGGCCGCUGGCUGAGGAGUGCUUCGCCAAGAACGAUUUUGUGCUUGCCAACUGCCCCAGGCUGUUCAUCGAUCGGCAAGCACCUUUCCUAUGACAAUAGCGCGCUCAUCCUCCUGCCCCAUAGGGCCAAAUGACACAACCUCUGCAAGAUCGCCACCAUUGAAGGCCUCUCCACGCAUCGCUUCAACAUCCUCUCGCGCAUACGGAGGGACAAGGCCGAAUGGUUGAUUCUCUGGUUGGCUAGGAACGGGUUGGCGGAGGGUCGAGCUGAAGAGCCUCUUCACGGAACUGACGUUCAACGUCAUCACGAGGAUGAUCUCGGGGAAGCGGUAUUGCGGGGAAGGCAUGAGCGUCGAUGAAGCCAAGGCGAGGCAAUCCAGGGAGCUGAUCAAGCAGAUUCAUUGGAACAACGGCGCGAGCUAUUUGGGUGAUUUCUUGCCCAUAUUGAAGUGGAUCGAUCCCAGGGGGAUAAAGAAGACGUCCGCAGAACUAGGGAAGAGGGUCGAUACGUUCAUUCGGGGUUUAGUUGACGAGCACAGGAGAAGGAAGGGCGAUCGGAAGUUGGCGGACAGUGUGAUCAGCCAUCUUUUGCGUCUGCAAGAGUCUGAGCCGGAGAACUACUCGCACUUGAUGAUCAAAGGGCUCGUCAUCGCUUUUGGAUGUGCCUUCUUUUCGCAAUUUCGUUCCUUUUCGUUUCCCCCCGCCUUUGAUCUGGUUCAAGUUAAUCUACUUGCAUGGUUUUCUACGCAUAUCACGUGACAAGGUGUGUCUUCCAACCUUCCAUUGGAGAUUAGAUGUGAAUAGAGAGAUGAUAAGUUUUUACACUAGUUACAGAUCGAUGCCAUUAGAGGAAUAAUAACACAAAUAUUCCUUGAAUAUGUGAUUCAUAAACAUUUAAUUCGUUUAAUGUGAUCAUUAAACUAUAACCCAAUUUGCAAUGAUUUUUAUGAACUUUUAAUUUGUUUAAUAUAAUUCUUGUACUUUUGAUACAUUUUCAAAUUAGUUUAUGGACUAUAGGGGCUAGAUUGAAUAUGUAUCAUAAGUUCAUGUAUCACGUUGAACAAACUAAAUUUUUAUGGACAAUAUUGCACAGUUGGUAAAAGUUCAGGGAUUACAUUGAACAAAUCAAAAUUUUAGAGAUCCCAUUACAUAUUGAGCCAUAAUUCAUGAGUUAUAUGUGUUGUUUUCCCGCUAUUAAAUAAAGAAUAUCAAUACGUUCUAUGGUCCAAUUGAUGAGGAAAUGAUAUGGCCAAGGAGAAAGAGAGCAUUUCAAACAUUUGGACCUUGGGCCCAAUAAGCCCAGAAAACGCAGCCGGAAUUGGAGAGAGAUGCCAUCUGCGUCAGCCCAGAGAACUAGGAAGGGCUCAGGUGUCGGUCAGGGGCCUCGGACAAUUAUAAAUAGCAAGGGGUAGACCAACCCAGCUAAGAAUGUUCUCUCUCUCUCUCUCUCUCUCUCUCUCCUGCCUCCCCGGAUGUUCCUCUCUUCUUGUCUUUUCUCGUAUUUUAUGAUUUUUAAUUCUUUACUCAGUUAAGCAUCAGAAGGUUCUCAUGAGAAAAACCCAAGAGAGCUGCUUUGCUUUAACUAUGCACAUCACUAACUCGAUCCGAGGCUUUGGUCUAGUCUCAUUAGAGGUACACAAGAGGGAGUUGCCCAGAGACAAGAGGUUUCAUGAGAGAGAUAGUUAGCAGAGAGUUAGAAUUUGUCCUUUUUUAUUGUCAUUUUUGUCGGAAGAUGAGUAUUAUUAAUGAUGAAAAACACUCCAACAUAAAAGCCUGUAGACAAAGCAAAUCCUCAAUAACUUGAGAGAUGAGCUUCCCAAUUAAAUUGAUCUGUUAAUUAGCCAAUAAAUCAGUGGUUAAGAUGGCAUGGUGUGGGCAUUUUGAAGUUUCGUGUUGUUGCUUAAUUUGACUUCGAUUGAAGUCUUUUCUUGUUUUGGUGCACUGCGCAAUAUCAAACGAUUUUUUUUUUUUGGGUCGGAUUAUGAAAUUGAUUUAGCAGGUAAAUUAUGGAACUGAAAAACCAAAUUCAUUGAAGAGCAAUAGUUGUUGUUGGAGAGAUUUUCCACUUUCAUCAAAGUUGUCACUAUUUUUCAGAUCAAGGGAUGGCUCUACCCCUUGAUACAAAGUCAGCAACAGCCGAUAGCAAGUGUGAUGCCAGGCUUGUUAGAAAAUAGUAAAAUUGGUUUUGUGUUUUGAUUAUCUUAUUUGUCUUUUAAUUGUUUUUUGGCUAUGUGUGUGAAAGCAAGAGUUAGUCGGUUUGUAAACCGUCAAAGAAACGUGUGCUACAGCACCACGUCUUUCUAAGCCGCCAGAGAAGAAAAAUCAUGAAGAAAGUACAAGUAUCUUGGGCACACAAUAAAAUAUUAUUAUACUAGCUGCUGGAGAUCUCAAGAAGUACGGAGGAAGGUGAUCUUGUGGCUUGCAACUUGCACGUGAAGGAAACGCAGCCCACAAUUUUUGACUGCCAAGAAGAAAAGUUCAACUUCAACUCUUGCAUGUUUGAAGUCCAGGCGGUGAAGUGCUUAUUGAUAUAGGGUUACGUUAGUUUUCUUUUUGUGAGUGAGAGAGGAGAUUUUAGAGAGAGUUUAAGCUUAGCAAAGUUAGUGUGUGUACUCUCUUAAGCCUUUACAAAGGCAUAUUGUGUAAUAUAAUCUCUCUUUGUGUGUGUACUCUCUCCCUCCAAGUCCUUUUGGUUCCAACAAUUGGUAUCAGAGCUAGCAAUGGCAUCCACUAGUUCUGUUCA